AUGAGUCUUUUGACAUCGUUUGCGGCGGACUCCGCAUGGGCCCUGUGGGACAGCGAAUCCAUCGAUGGGGCAUUCGAACUCGACCUUCCACAAGGGACUAUCGACCAAGGAGUUGUCAAAGCAGUCUCAAGACCAUGGGUAUUUGGCUACAAACCAACAACGAAGCCCAACGGGCGCGCGGUGCUCAUUAUGGGUGGCGGCGGUUACAUUGAGCUCAUGGUGGGCCGUGAAGGGGUCGCCGUCGCACGCUGGCUCGCUUCUCUCGGCUUCGAAGCUUUUGUACUUGUGCACCGAUUCCCGACAGCAGAAACAGGACCCCAAGCUCCAGUCGACGAUGCUAAACAGGCGUUGCGUCUGAUCGAAGAGAAGGCGGCACCAGCGAGGUUAGCGCUGUGCGGUCUGUCCUCCGGCGGCCACCUUGCGUCCGCGCUGCUCGCCGAAUACCCGGCUUCGUGGGCGUCUUCUUCCGGGGCACCGGUGCCGAAGCCGGAGUUUGCCAUCAUUGGAUACGGACCUAUCUCUACCAAUGCCAAGGGGCACACCAUCAUUCCCAAUAAGGCGCCCCUCGAGCCGCCGGCAAAGCAGGAGCUUUAUGAUACUGUCAUCCCCGAUCAGCAGAUCUCGCGCCCGGCACCGCCAACCUUUAUUGUGUAUUCUGCCAGCGACUCCGUGGUGCCUGUGGUGAACGCAUACAGGCUUGCGCAGGGGUUGCAAGCAGCAGAGGGGGUUGCCCGUCUCGAAUUGGCCCUCAAUGGCUGA